AUGUCCGGAGUUUGGGUAUUCAAGAAGGGCGUGAUGAGCCUGGAAAUCCCCGGCGGAGGCAGCAGCGGUAGCAGUGGUGGUGCCGGAGGCCACGGAGGAGGAGCAGGAGGGGAGGGGAGUCUCCGGAGAAAGGUGUUGAUUCACUUGGCGAGCGGGGAAGUGGUGUCGUCGAUGGAGAUACUGGAGCGCCGGUUAGCGGAGCAAGGGUGGGAGAGGUACUUCACCUCGCCGGAGUUAGUGCAGUUCCACAAGCCGGCGACGGUGCACUUGAUUUCGGUGCCGGGGGAUUUUGGCCGCUUCACUUCGGUGCACAUGUACGACGUUGUGGUCAAGUGCAGGAACGUGUUCGAGGUGCGCGACGCAUGAGCAUCAAAUAGGUGCACUUGAUUUCGAGGUGCCGGGUUAUUAAUUUUUCUUCAUGUUUAAAAUAAUUAU